AGUAGGGUUAACAUAAGUACAAAUUGCUUUAACGAGUUUAAUGGCAACAAAUUGGAUCGGCCGGUAUUUUGCUUUUGCUCUGCAAUAUUUUAGUUUUACAAUUAAGAUAAAUAUUUAUUUAUAAAAUCGCCUUCCUUUUACAUAAUUUCUCAAUCCAUCAAAAAAUGCCAGAAGCCAGAACAUCAAUGAUUGAUCUACAAGUUGAUCCUGCCAUAUUAGCUGAUCCAACUAAAUGUUCUGAAGUCAUAAAACAAGUUGAAGAAGUUUUUCAGCCCCUAUUUAUUUCUAAGAAGUCUGAAACAGUGCUCGGGGAUUCCCAUUUAGUUGUUUUUAGCAAUGAAGAUGGAACUCUUACAUGUAUUUUUAAAAGUUAUCCCUUUGGCUUAGUUACCAUCACUUUUGAAGAUUGUUUGGAGGAAUCUAAAGAAUUUACUAAUCCAAAAUUAGAAGAUAUACGAAAAAGUCUUCUGCAGCAUAUAAAAUGUAAAGCUGAAAAAAUACCUAUUGUUAAAAGAGGAUCUGCUGUUCCUUUAUAUUUUACUACUGCAGAUGAGCGUAUUUUAGAAUAUGAUUUUGAUAAAGUUAUUUUUCUUGAAGAUUCUCCUUUUCAAAAUAUAAAAAUACUUCAUUCUCCAACUCUUGGGAACUGCUUGCUACUUGAUGAUUUGCAAAAUUUAGCAGAAAGUGAUUUAAAUUACACAAGGGGUGUAAUGAAGUAUGGUACAAUUCCCUAUGCAGGAAAGGAUGUCCUUAUUCUUGGAGGAGGAGAUGGUGGUUUGUUACAUGAAUUACUGAAAGAAAAACCAAAAUUUGUUACAAUGGUUGAUAUUGACCAAAUGGUUAUAGAUGCCUGUCGAUUACAUUUAAGAGGCUGUUGUGGUGAUUCUUUAGACAAUUUAGAAGGUCCAAAUUAUAAAGUUAUUAUCGAUGACUGUCUAAAACUUCUUGAUCAGUACAAAGAAGAAGGAAGAAAAUUUGAUGUGAUAAUCAAUGACUUAACAGAUAUUCCUAUUGCUACAUCACCUCAAGGAGAAUUGUGGGAUUUUGUGAAGAAGAUUGUACUGAAAUCUUUUGCAGUAUUAAAGGAUGAUGGAAGUUAUCUUAAUCAUGCUUUGGGAGAAGGUUGUGUAGAACCUUUAAAAACUUAUGAAAAUAUGCUUUUAAGUUUACCAAUGAAAGUUAAAUUUGAAAGCCACUGUGCAUUUGUUCCAUCAUUUAUGGAAAAUUGGGUAUUUUAUGAAGUCAAGAAGGCCUGACAGAACUGUUUAGCGCUUUAUAAAAAUCUUCAGUAUCUACUUAAUGUUUUUAUAGUUCUCACAUAUAGUAAAUUUCAUAUCCUUGGGUUUGUUUUAUAGCAUUGACUUAUCUAUAGUACUUGUUUUUACUUUGUCUACAAUUUUUUUUAAAUAUUUUUGUUAGUAAACUGUAUGCUAGACAAAUUAAUUUCAGUUAUUGCCAACAGUUUGGAUUACGUUCCAAAUGUACUCAAACAGUAUUGGAUUCUUUAUUAUUCUUGUCAUGUACUGGCCAGCGCAUAUAUUUAUUAAAAUUUAAAGUAUAAUUUUUAUUUUAUUUUUAUUUGCAUCGUAAGGAAAACUGUAUUCUACAUAAGCGUAAAGAAAAAAUGUUAAAAGUUAUUUUCUUUUGGAUGUAACUAUCAUUGUGUUUUGUGGUAGUGGAUUUAAUCUUUACCCUUCCAUCCUUUUCCGUGUCUUUUUUUUAUUACUAAUUUUCCGAAUUUGCAAGAUAAGUGAAAAUCUGUAAAAUAUAUUUUAAAUUAUUAAGCAUAAUUACAAUUAAACGAUCUU